AUGGAUUCAAGAACAGUAGGAAUUUUAGGUGGAGGUCAACUAGGCCGUAUGUUGGUUGAGGCUGCUAACAGACUGAAUGUCAAGACAAUCAUCCUUGACGCUCCAAAUUCACCUGCAAAACAAAUUAGUAACUCUACCGAACAUAUCAAUGGGUCCUUUACUAAUCCAGAUGAUAUUAAAGAACUAGCUAAGAAAUGUGAUGUAUUGACAAUAGAGAUCGAACAUAUCGACGUGGAAACCCUUAAGGAAUUAAGAAUGAUAAAUCCAAAUUUAAAAAUAUAUCCUUCUCCUGAAACUAUAGAAAUAAUCCAGGACAAAUACAUUCAAAAGGAACAUCUAAUUAAGAACGGUUUAAAAGUUGCAACAAGUCAAGUCAUUAAGACCCCUAAUGUAGACUCAUUAAUGAAAAUUGGUCAAGAAUACGGAUAUCCAUUUGUCUUGAAAUCUAGAAAAUUUGCGUACGAUGGUAGAGGUAACUUUAUUGUUAAAAGUAAAGAUGACAUACCAGCAGCCUUGAGGUCUUUAAAAGAUCGCACUUUGUAUGCUGAAAAAUGGGCACCAUUUGUUAAAGAAUUGGCAGUCAUGAUUGUUCGUACCAUCGAUGGUCGUGUUUUUUCAUAUCCGGUAGUAGAGACCAUUCACCAAAAUAGUAUUUGCCAUUUAUGUUAUGUUCCUGCUAGAGUUCCUGAUUCUAUUCAAUUAAAGGCAAAAUUAAUGGCCGAAAAUACUAUCAAAUCGUUCCCAUCAUGUGGUAUCUUUGGUGUCGAAAUGUUUUAUUUGGAAAAUGGUGAGAUAUUAAUCAAUGAAGUUGCACCAAGACCACAUAAUUCUGGUCACUUCAGUAUUGAUGCAUGUGUUACAUCACAAUUUGAAGCUCAUAUUAGAGCUAUACUUGAUUUACCGAUUCCAAAAAACUUUGGUAAUCUCACAACAACUAAUACUAAUGCAAUCAUGUUAAAUGUUCUUGGUGCCUCUGAAAAAAAUGGCGAACUGUUAACAUGCGAACGUGCAUUAGCUACACCAGGUGCUUCAGUUUAUCUAUAUGGCAAAGAAUCUCGUCCAAAUAGAAAAGUCGGUCACAUCAAUAUUAUAUCCUCAUCAAUGAUAGAAUGUGGAAGAAAAUUAGAAUAUAUUAUGGGCACUACUGACGAACAAUUUAAAAUAUCGGUGGCAGAUAAGAUGUUACAACAUUCAAAGAAAAAUCCAUUAGUUGGGAUUAUUAUGGGUUCUGAUUCUGACUUACCUGUUAUGUCGGCUGCAUGUAAAAUUCUAGAACAGUUUGAAGUACCAUUUGAAGUUACUAUCGUUUCUGCUCAUAGAACACCUCACAGAAUGAGCGCUUAUGCAAUCGAGGCUUCUCAACGUGGUAUAAAAACCAUCAUUGCAGGUGCUGGUGGUGCUGCCCAUUUACCGGGCAUGGUCGCUGCAAUGACAGCACUUCCAGUUAUUGGUGUUCCAGUUAAGGGGUCAACUCUAGACGGUGUUGAUUCCCUUCAUUCAAUUGUUCAAAUGCCAAGAGGUGUACCUGUUGCCACUGUUGCAAUUAAUAAUAGUACAAAUGCAGCUUUACUGGCAAUUAGGAUGUUAGGUAUUUACAAUCCAACCUAUUUGACAAAGAUGCAGGAGUUUCUGUUAAAACAAGAGGAAGAAGUUUUACAAAAGGCUGCAAGAUUGGAAGAUAUUGGGUACCAAAGUUAUCUUGACUCUAAAUAA